UUUUAGCUCUGUGUGAACGCGUCCUGAGGGAAGGACAAUCACAAUCACUUGGUGCACUACCGCGAUAUAGCAUUAGUUUCAAAGAAGUCCUAAUGCCUUUGAUAACGCUCAGCACGAAUGUCCAGCUUGGGGUUGUGGAAACCAAGAGCUUUGUCUUGGAUUUUUCAAAGUUCUGCUCGGAGACAAUCGGCAAACCGGAAGCUGAAUUCAGUGUGGACUUCACCUACAAUCCAUAUUUAACCUUUGGUGGUACAUUUGAGCCUGCCAUCAGGUUGAAUGUUAUCAGUCUAUGGAACACGAAUCCGUCGAACGCUGAAAAAUGGAGUCGUGCUUUCUUCAAAUUCUUUGAAGCGAAGCUAGGCGUGCCAAUCAACCGCGGGCAUAUGGCAUUCACUGACCCUGGAGAUGCUUAUAUUGGUUAUAACGGAACAACCGUCGCAGCCCUAGUGACGGCGAAAUGAGAAGUCAAGUUAGUGGACAAGGUAAUGUGUAGAAUUGCAAGGACAGGUUUACAAGUAACUUUAUUGUGGUCUGCGACUCACUUGUAAUCAUCCUGCUUUCAAUUUCAAUCUUAUGCCCAUUUUUCGCACCCUCCAUGCGGGUUGGUCCGUUAAUCUCCCUUUAAAUACGCUUGCUUUGGCUUGGCAAGAAUGGCCGAACUCUUCCCUCCCUCAGGAAGAUAAUCGAUAUUUGCUACAUCCUCCCCAGUUCCGCCAAGAUAUAUCCGACAAUAGGCGCAUGGUGUAUGUUCUCGAUUGACUCGGGGUUAUGAGGACUGAUACAGACUAAGCAAUCAUGAUUUGGUCACUACGACAUCAGGUUU